AUGAAGUUCCUCCUCACUGCCACGUGCCUCGUGGCCGGCGUGUCGGCCACCGGCAUCGUGCACCCGCCGACGCGCGUGUACGAGCGCGACUUUGCAACCAUCACGGGCGUCAUGGCCGACGCUGGCGCCAGCAUCGAGAAGCUCACGGCCGCGGUCAGCGCCUACGCUGGCGACAUCAAGCCCAUCACCGACGCGUCGGGCGCGCUCGUCAAGACGCUCCAGGCCGGCAAGGUCACGGUCGGCACCUCGGACCAGCUCGACCUGCUCGACACGGCCAACCUGUACACGCCCGUGCUGACGCUCCAGGGCCAGAGCCAGUCCCUGCUCGACGCCCUCGUGGCCAAGCGCGACGUCAUCGAGAAGGAUAACCUGUGCGACAUCACGCGUGAGCAGGUCAAUGCCAUCAGCGUCAACUCCAACGCCCUCAUCGACGCCGUCAUCGGCAAGGCGUUUGAGGAGGCCCAGGAGGUUGCCAAGGAGCUCGCCCAGCCCCUGGUUGACAUUCUCAACAACUCGACGGUUCAGUUCAAUACGGAGAACUGCGUCAACGCCGGAGGCGUCACCAGCUCCACGACGGCCACCCCGACGCCCACGGCUACUCCCUCGGACACGGCUACGCCGACGCCGACCGGCUCGACUACCCCUUCCCAGACGGGCACCUCGGAGACUGGCUCUAGUACGCCGACUGGUUCCACCUCGCAGACUGGAAGCGCCUCCGAGACUGGCUCGGGCACCGCCACUGGCACCGGCUCUAGCUCUGCGACCAGCUCUGGUUCUAGCUCUGCUACCGGCUCUGGCUCUGCUACUUCUCAGACGGGCGGCACCGAGACCAUCACGGCCACGGCCACUUCCACCGAGACGGUCCCCUGCACGACCUCCACCGGCUCUGCCACCGAGACCGCCACGGCCACUGCCACCGAGACGGCCCCCUGCCCCUCGGGCUCCGGUUCUUCGGCUCCCGGCGGUGGCGAGGCGUCGUCCACCUUUGUCACCGUUCCCACUACCGGCGGCGGCGGCGGCAGCCAGCCUACUGGCGGCGAGGUUCCUAGCGGCUCCCAGCCGCAGCCCACGGGCGGUGACGAGGAGCCGACCGGCUCGCAGCCUCAGCCCACCGGCGGCGAGGAGCCUACCGCGGGCGGAGAGCAGCCUCAGCCCACUGGUGCGUCGCCGACGGCGGCUCCUCCGGUUAUCACUGCUGGUGCCGCGCUUGUCGCUCCCGCGGGUGCCCUUGCGGUGGCUGUUGCUGCCCUCUUGAUGUAA